UGUAUUUUUCGUUAUUGAGUAGACAAUUUUGUUUUUGAGCUGAGCAAAUGUAAAGUUAAAUUAUGAAAACAAUUAAUACGUCUAAUAACGAAGAUACACCUAAGCUCACACAAACGAAAGCGAAUAAAAAGUCGACAAAAUCGCGCAACAAAAACAAUAAAUUUGAUUUAAGUAAUGCUACUUGUUCUGGAAAAAAUGGUACUAGUUCAGGGGCAGCAAGUGGUAAUAUAAACAGUGCAUUGGUUUGUAGUAUCGGUCAAAACAAUUCACCACUAGCAGGAAUAGUCACACCAACCACACCUACUACACCAUUGUGGACUGUUAGUAGCCAGACAAUGUUCGAUGUAAAUCACGUCAACAGCGGUAACAGUGGAGGCAGCAGUGGUAAUAGUGAUGCUGCUGGCACUUCAAGGAGUCAUCAUAAAAGCUACGCCGGAUUAGAACCCCGUUCUAUUAAAGUCAUUUGGGAGCAACACGAUCAAAGCGAUAUAGAGUUAUCCAAUGAAGUAUGUUCUAGGGUAGCGGAAGAUGCUUCUUACAAAUUAUGGGAAUUAAUUAAUAAUAUUAAAACAUAUGCUCGCCAUUCUGGCGGUAUUAUAUCUUACGAUUUAGUUAACGAAGUCUUAAAAGACUCUGAUGUAUCUCCUUGCUUAGGUGCUAUUGAUACUGAUUGGGAUCGCAUUGACUACGAUGGAAGCUAUUUUUUCCACUCUGACAAAAUUCUGGAAUUACGUGAUGAAUAUCAAAAAGAGAUCACUUUCAAUAUAACACAAAAACCCGAUUUGAAAUGUUCAUCCUUAGUGGAAGAUAAGCAUUUGGGUAAUUUAAAAAAAUAUAUACCCAGCUUAUUGCAUGUUACCCUUAAUGGUGAUCCACAAGAUUUGGAUUUCGUAUUGAGCGAAGCUGCUUUUAGUCCUAUAAUGGGUAGCUGCUUUCGUUUAAUCUUAUCGAAAAUUAUACAAAUAGCUGCUUUCAAGCAAAGUCAUGAUAUUAGUCAACGAUGCUGGCGUUUAUUAAAAGCUCUAUCCACCAAUCCCCAAUGUCGUGAUAUAGAUUGCCGUGAAGAAUUCUUUCAUUUGGCAGAAAUUCUCAUAUGUCAAUUGCUAGCGCCAUAUGAAAGCAUAAAAGUUCAAAAUAGUUUCAGGAAUUAUGAGAGGGAUCAUGGAGCGACCAAUAUUAAAGUGCAGAAUGUGGAAAUGAAGACGGAAACUCAAACAGCGAAAACAACGUCCCAUGCUGAACAAAAUUCUGCCUAUGCAAUUAGCAAUGAGGAAAAGAUAUACAAAUUGCAACCAGACGAAGAUGAAUUUAGUAACACGACGCAUAACACGGACUGUUGGAAUUUAACUUCACCGUAUUUCGCUUCACCCGUUGAUUGGAAAUAUGUAGAUGAUCUUUGCCAGACAGUGGGCCAUUUAGCUGCGAUUAAUGACUACUUUCAAAACGAGUGCACUUUCCAUAUAGUAAAGAGAUUGAAACGUUUCUUUGAUGGUCGUUCUAUAAAUAGCGAAAGAGAUUAUAAUUACAUAAGUCGUUCGAUACGUGGCUUAAUCGCUUGCGGUGAACAUGCAUUUCGUGAGUUUAUACCAUUUUUAUACAAGUUGAAGUGCGAUCUUCCGGAAAUCUUAUGGAACGACUUUUCGAUAGCAGCAAUAUUUCUAAGAGAUGGUGAAGACAUAUUUUUAUAUGAAUGGUUAGAAUACGUUUGCGGAGGCGAUAAAUUGCAACCAUUUAUGGUUUACUAUGCCGAAUAUUAUGAAAAAUUUAUUUACCAUCGUUUUUGUGAACGUAAAUCAAAGACUUUUAAGCUAAAUCCGAAAUUAGGAGUACGGCGUCUUGAAUGGAGUACGCUAGUGGCGCGGAUGUGUCAUGCGAAUACAAUUUGUCAUGGUGAUGAUCCUAACAAAGCUCUAAAUCCUAAACCAUUACUGCCAGAAGUAUUUCCCGAAUUAAAGAUUCCCAAUUUAAAAUUGAAUCGUGGCGGCAAUAUACGAUUUAAAUUUGCUGGCUGUCGUCCCAUUAUCAUAAAGGCGAAACAAAAAGAUCACAAUCGAUCCGUAGAUAUUGUCAGCGGUUCAGGUCUGGAAAGCACAAGUGAUCUAAUGUCACAUGAAAUUUUAAUAGCUAAGAGAAGACUUUUCGGCCCGCUAUCGAAUGAGAAACGAAUAAUUCCAUUAAGCACUUAUUAUUAUCUCAGAAUAUGAAAA